AGUUUGUUAAUGACACCAAACUGGGAGGAGUGGCUGACAUACCGGAUGGUUAUCCUCCUGUUCAGAGGUACCUCACAGGCUGGAGACGUGGGUGGGGAGGAACCACAUCUUAAGGAUAAAGUUCAACCAGGUGAAGUGCAAAGCCCUGCACCUGAGCAGGCAUAAGCCCAUGCACCAGUACAGGCUGGGGGCUGACCUGCUGGAAAGCAGCUUGGCAGAAAAGGUGGUGGAUAAGUUGAACGCAAGCCAGCAAUGGGCCCUCAUGGUAAAGAAGGCCAAUGGUAUCCUCGGCUGCGUGAGGCAGAGUGUUGCCAGCAGGUCGAGGGAGGUGAUCCUUCCCCUCUAUUCCACCCUGGUGAGGCCAUAUCUGGAGUGCUGUGUCCAUGAUGGGCUCCCCAGUGCAAGACAGACAUGGACCUGCUGAAGGGAGUCCAGCGAAGGGCCAUGAAAAUGAUUAAUGAACUGGAGCAUCUGUCAUAGGAGGAGAGGCUGAGAGAGCUGGGACUGCUCAGCCUGAAGAAGAGGAGGAGUGGGCAGGGAAGGAAUGCUACUGGUGUUUAUACGUAUUUGAUGGGAGGGUAUAUAGAGGAUGGGACCAGGCUCUUCUCAGUAGUGCUCUGCCACAGGAUGAGAGGCAACGUGCAUAAAGUGAAACACGGGAAAUUUCCACUGGAACGCAAGAAAACGUUUUACUUUGAGGGUGGUUGAGUACUGGAACGUUUUGCUUGGAGAAGCUGCGGAGCAUUCAUCCUUGGAGAUAUUCAGAAGGUGUCUGGAUGCAGUCCGGGGCAACCUUCUGUAGCUGCUGCAGCUCCUGCUUUGAGCAAGAGGAUCGGACCGGAUGAUCUCCAGAGGUCCUAUCCAACCCAAACUGCUCGGUCAUUCGGUGAUUUAAAUAAUGUGUAACUGAAGAGGGAAAGCCAGUGUGUGUGUUUUCUUUCAAAAACAAGUUGCAUACUUGGUCAAAAUAAUCCACCAGGUUACUUCAGGUAAUGCAAGUUGUUUGUGUUUAGCCUUUGCUGUGCAUCCUUCCUAGCACAGCCUAUAGUGACUGCACAUUGAGAAACAGUUCCUCUUGCCAAGCAGGGGAUGUACCGAAAAUGCCUUUUUUCAAAACCUUUUGAAAAUUUGGUUUAUUUCACCACCACGGACUAUCUGAAAUUCACAAAAACUGCACUGGCCUUACCUGAUUGAUACUGACUUUAAGCCAAGCUGUGCUAUAAUAGAAGUUGGGAUUCUGAUCAGGAAAGGAGAACUGAGGUACAGUACAGUAAGACAAACAGUAUGAUGGAUUCAGAAGGUUGUGCCCCAACAAAUUCAAAGCAAGAUCUAAGCCAUCACAUAAAGGCUACAUCUGGUAAACAUUAUCUUUGUGGCUAUUGUGCUGCCUUCACAAAUAUAGCAGUCACUUUUCCCAUCCAGAAGGUCCUCUUUCGUCAACAGCUGUAUGGCUUGAAAACAAAGGACGCAGUACAUCAGUUACAGAAAGAUGGAAUUCGAAAUCUCUAUCGUGGCAUCCUUCCGCCGUUAAUGCAGAAAACGACUACUCUGGCUCUAAUGUUUGGGUUGUAUGAAGAUUUCUCCUCACUGCUCCAUAGCCACACAAGUGCUCCUGAGCUCUUCACUCGUAGCAUAGCGGCAGUGCUUGCAGGGACCACUGAAGCUGCUCUUACACCUUUUGAGCGAGUUCAAACUUUGCUUCAGGACUACAAAUAUCAUGACAAAUUUACAAACACUUACCAGGCUUUCAAGGUACUGAAAGAUUAUGGGAUUAGAGAAUACUAUCGAGGAUUGGUACCUAUUCUGCUCCGAAAUGGACCCAGUAAUGCACUCUUCUUUGGCCUACGCGGACCCAUCAAACAGUGUCUGCCCGAAGCAACUUCUUACAGCGCUCAUAUGGUCAAUGACUUCAUCUGCGGUGGGCUGUUGGGUGCGAUGCUGGGAUUCUUAUUUUUCCCAAUGAAUGUUGUAAAAGCUCGCAUGCAGUCUCAAAUUGGUGGUGAAUUUCAGUCUUUUUCAAAAGUUUUUGUGAAGAUCUGGCUAGAACGUGAUAGAAAAUUGAUGCAUCUUUUCAGAGGAGCCCAUCUGAAUUACCAUCGUUCUGUCCUGUCCUGGGGCAUAAUCAAUGCAACUUAUGAAUUCCUGCUAAAGCUGUUAUGAAAAAUACUGUCUACCUUUGCAGUCCUUCUGUUCACUUGGGUAUUGGCACACUUGAGGUCACUUAACCCCCAGGGAACAGAUUAGUUUAUGAAACUUUCUAUAAAUAACAUGGAGUAUCAUGAAACAUAAGAGAAUUCAAGGCAGCAGUUAUAUUUCAGUAGAGAUGAGUGCCUGCUUAGUGUGAAAAGUGAUUAAAUAGUCUUGGCCUUCAAUAUUUGGGUGAAUGGUGGUGCAUCUAAACCUUGAUGUGGUUGAGACUAACUUUUUGAAGUAUUUAUGCACUGGCAGGUCAAUUUGCCCAUAAGGGAAUUACUAGACAAAUGCAAGGUUGAAAAAAAAGAACAACAUAAAAACAAAAAGCUUGUGUAUUAGUCCAGUAGCUUAUUCCAUAUCACUCCCACAAUUUUUUUUAACACUCCCAGUGACUGAAAGCGUUUCACUGUGUGCAUCGUAGAACAUGAAAGUCAAGGAGGGGCUGACAAAAACUAUUUCUCUUGGUUGAUAUACUUCACAACCUUGAUGUAAGAACUACAUCUUCAAAUGCUUGGGGGUUCCAAGUUAUCCUUAUAGUUUAAAACUACAUGGAUGAGUCCAGAUGAGAAUGACUGACUUUUUGAACCUCAAACUUAAAUUAAGCCUACGCAAUCUGUUCUGCCAACUAUUUUACUGCUUGGCUUUAACACAAACAGUUCAUUCAGCAAUGUAAAAGCAGUUACUGAAUGUUUAACUUCAGUGUAAGCUGACCCCAGUUCAGAGCGGGAUUGUGCAUAUGUAUGUGUGUGCCUUGAUGUGAAAAGGGAAACAUGGAAAGAAUGAAACAGCUAUUUUACUUAAAGCUUUAAAGUGUCCUUCCUUGUUAAAAAACCUUUUUGUGAAUGUGGAGUACUUGAUUUUUUUUUUUUUGUUUUGCUUUGUUUCUGUUGUAAACAGCUACGGUGUCAGAAAGAUGGCUCUUUCUGUAAUGUUAAUGCAAUAAAUAGUUCAGCUUCCCCUUGUUGUGAAAGUAGUUCAUGAACAGCUCUUUUUGUACUGAGGUAUCUUAUGUCUUUUGCAUUUUUGCAAAUUAUUUUUGUUUCCUUUGGGCUGUGGUAUAAUGGAGGCAUAGUUCUAUCCACUUUCUGCAUACUCUGAACAGUCUGUAAGACAGGCCUGUACAUCAGCACUGACAAGAUGAGAUUUUUGGGGUAAUAACGACUUAAGCAGAGGUUUGUAAGUAUAGUGACGCGAUAAUAAGUGAUUACUUAUACUGAUGAUACCAGGAGACAACCAAAGAAGACCUUAGAAGCAGCUACAUAGGAGGAAUGCAGCGUUUGGAGAAGUUGGAGAAGCCUUUAAAGGACUUUGGUAGGCUUGAGUGCUGGGAAACAUUUGUGGAAAUGUCAAGUAUUAUAAACUUGGGAGGUGAGAGAGGUAAGACUUAAUGCAUUAGAGAAGGGGAUGGGACAGCAGGCAUGAUCAACAAGCAGAUGAUUGUCUUAACAAAAAACAUUUGAUUCUCUUAGGAAACUUUCCCUUCUCCCCACAAUUUCAUGGCAUAGUCUAUAUUUGAGGGGUGAACAGGAAAGCUUUCAAAGAGAGUUCUGAAUUUUUCUUUUCUUAGCCACUCUAAAGCUUAUUACAUUUAUUUUUCAUUUGCUGUAUCUGUUCCUAAAGAUUAUUAUAUCCAUAAUGUACUGUUUAGAAUCAUAGUACCUAGCUUCACAGUCAAAAAUGGCCAGGCAGAAGUGAGCAUUGUUUUUAUCUGGAUGUUGUGAUUAUAUACUUUUAAAUAAAAUGUCUGUUGAAUGUUUGUUACUUGCAGAAUCUGAUUUUUACUAGUGUGUUUUUUUGUAAUCACUCCUUGAUGGAAUAAAAAAUAUGUAAAUCCUG